CCAUGUGUUUUAGCGUUCAGCUGAGUCCAUCUCCAACUUUCCGCCCGAAAUAUUGUCCCUCGCACCUGUCAUUGAUUUGCUUGAUGCAUACACAAUCAUGGACCUCUCAAAAUGCCCUCCGUUGACUCGUGUUUCGGUGCAAGAGGCGCAUCGACGCAUCGAGCCAUACAUCCAUCGCACACCGGUCGUCACUUGUCAAACCAUCAACACCAUCGCUUCGACGCCGCAGUCUGAGAGAUCUGAGAACCGCAGUGCAACACCAAACGGAACGCACGCUCUUUCCGAUGCUCGUCCAAAGGUGAAGCUCUUCUUCAAGUGUGAAAACCAGCAGAAGAUUGGGGCUUUCAAGGCUCGGGGAGCUUUUCACGCACUGGGCCGGCUGAUCGAGGAAGAUGGCAUUGACGAAGUGCGGCGGAGGGGCGUCUGUACGCACAGUAGUGGCAAUCAUGCACAAGCGUUGGCCCUCGCCGCAAAGCAAUUUAAUGUGCCCGCUCACAUCGUCAUGCCUUCAAUCAGCACACCAUCCAAGAUAGCAGGCACGAAAAGUUAUGGUGCCAACGUCAUCUUCUCAGGAUCAACGAGCGACGAGCGGGAAGCGGUCAUUCAACAAGUCAUCAAAGAUACCGGAGCGACGUUGAUUCCUCCUUACGACCAUCCCAACAUCAUCCUCGGGCAGGGAACACAAGCGCUGGAACUUGAACAGCAGGUGGAGGAUCUACUGUUCCGAGAUUCCAGCCUGGGUGUCCCCGGCAAGCAGAAACUGGACGCAGUCAUUGCCCCCAUUGGAGGCGGCGGUAUGCUUAGCGGCAUCUGCACUGCUCUCGCCGGCACUGGGAUCAUAGUCUUCGGCGCGGAGCCCAACUUUGAAGGCGCAAACGAUGCAGAGAUGGGGUUGAAGCAGGGAACGCGGAUUGAGAAGGUGAAGACGCUGACGAUUGCCGACGGCCUGCGCACGCCGGUGGGAGAGAUUCCGUGGUCCAUCAUUUCGGAUAAGACAAAGUUGCAAGGGAUUUACAGCGUGACGGAGGAGCAGAUCAAGAGCGCAUUACGACUGGUGAUGGAAAGGGCGAAACUCUUCAUUGAGCCGAGUGCUGCUGUGCCUUUGGCGGUGGUGCUGUACAACGAGGACUUCCGUAAGCUGGUGGAGGAACAAGCUGGACCUGGGGGGUGGAAUGUUGGUGUGAUUCUGUCUGGUGGAAAUACUACCGUUGAAGCCAUUGCAAAGUUAUUUGCCGCUUCAGAAUCAAGUGAAGAGCGUGCGCAAGGGACGGUUGGGAUUGAUGGAGAGAGGAAGGCGGAGAAUGUUGCUGGGUAACCUUGAGCUGCAGCCUGGAAUGCCACUUCAGCCUUCCCAUCCUCUUUG